AUGGUCACGGAGGAGACAAGUACAUACGAUACUAGUGACGUCACCACAGACUUUACCACGACUCCACCUCCUCCCCCACCUCCUCCGCCUCCUCCACCUCCGCCGCCUCCACCACCCCCGCCUCCGCCCCCACCUCCACCGCCCCCACCUCCUCCACCUCCACCACCUCCUCCCCCGCCACCUCCUCCACCUCCACCACCUCCGCCACCACCUCCGCCACCUCCCCCACCUCCCCCGCCUCCUCCACCUCCCCCGCCUCCUCCACCUCCACCACCUCCCCCGCCUCCGCCACCUCCCCACCUCCACCGCCUCUCACCACCCCGCCUCCUCACCACCACCACCUCCCCCACCUCCCCCGCCUCCACCGCCACCUCCUCCACCACCCCCGCCUCCUCCACCACCCCCGCCUCCACCACCACCUCCUCCGCCUCCCCACCUCCACCGCCUCCACCUCCGCCUCCACCGCCACCUCCCCCACCUCCACCACCACCCCCACCUCCUCCCUCCACCCUCCCCACCUCCUCCGCCAGCCUCCACCACCCCCCGCCUCCACCACCACCUCCUCCGCCUCCCCCCCCACCCACCCCACCUCCUCCACCACCUCCCCCGCCUCCUCCGCCUCCCCCGCCUCCUCCGCCACCCCCGCCUCCUCCACCACCACCACCUCCCCCGCCUCCACCACCUCCCCCGCCUCCACCACCUCCCCCGCCUCCGCCACCUCCCCCACCUCCUCCGCCUCCUCCACCACCCCCGCCUCCUCCGCCACCCCCGCCUCCUCCACCUCCACCACCUCCCCCGCCUCCACCACCUCCCCCGCCUCCGCCACCUCCCCCACCUCCUCCGCCUCCUCCACCACCCCCGCCUCCUCCACCACCCCCGCCUCCACCACCACCUCCUCCGCCUCCUCCACCGCCUCCUCCACCACCCCCGCCUCCACCUCCGCCUCCUCCACCUCCACCACCUCCCCCGCCUCCACCGCCACCUCCCCCACCUCCACCACCGCCACCCGCCUCCCCCACCACCCCCGCCUCCGCCACCACCUCCACCUCCACCUCCUCCACCUCCACCGCCUCCUCCGCCUCCGCCACCUCCACCGCCUCCUCCACCACCCCCACCUCCUCCGCCCCCUGCUGCUUCGACUACUACUAUUCCACGUGA